AUGCCGGUUAUUAACAUUCCGCAUCACGAGAGUGAUUCGGAAUAUCGAUGUUGCUUUGGGUGUAGUCAUGUUAAGACCGGAUUCUGCAUCUUUUUGGCGCUGAACAUUUUCGGGACCUUGGGAGCAUCUGGGGCGUUAUUUGGUGCGCAUAACGCUGCCCAGAUAACCCACGUGGCAAUAUCGUGGAUCGGGAUUGGGUUUGCGCUCUAUUUGGUGCUGGCUGAAAAGCCGUGGUUCGCUCGGAUUUACUCGAUUAUUUAUCUCAUCUUCUUGGUGCUAAUGCUGAUCGCUGGGGCCGUGGGUAUCGUGCUGAUUCUUGUAAAUAACGACGGCUCGUCACUGCUGGAGCGAAUUGGACUCUCCUUUCUGUUUACAAUUCCGGUGCUUUUUCUCGUUUGGCAGGCGACAGUUGUGCGAGCAUAUUGUCGAUACAUCAUAAACGAGUGCAGC